CAUUGAGUGACAACGCGCAUGCGCAUUAUCUUUCUCCCUAUCGCGAAGGCACGCCAUAGUGCGUUGACUUGUGUGAGUUCGUUGUGUAAAAGAGUGCAUAAAAGUUGUUAAAAGGACUUCGCCGUGGCAUGAGCGUUGCGUCUUAUACAAUAAGAUAAAGCGUGCUGUGAGCAAGAUCUGGACUCAAGGCAGGAAAUAGGUCUCCACUGCUGGACCGCCUCCUUGUCUAUCUAGACUAGCCUUCCUUGCUGAGUGAAACAAGAAGUGUGUUUGCACUUGAUUCAUAUAGCUACGUUUGGGUUCACCACACAUUCAAAGAUAAAAUCUUCGGUUGACACCUCCGAAGAGUAAUGAUGGCUGGCAGACGUGGACCUCCAUACCAACAGCGUUACUCUCCAUAUGGCGGCAACGGCGGCGGUCGCUACGGCCGUUACGACGACUAUAACGAUUACUACGAUGACCACAGUAACCACCGAGGCUACGGUGGCGGGAAUCAGCACCAGCAGCGGUCACCUCAACAGUACGGCCGUCCACAGCAACCGAGUAAGCCGCUGAUAAAGUCUGAUCCACCAUCGCCUAAGAAGGAACCACCCAGGCCUUCACCUCAAAGCCAGAGCGCGAAAUCGACACCCUCACCUUCCCCUACUCCCAACUCUACCCCCACUUCCACACCGAAACCUCCCCCUAGACCAUCGCCUGCAAAACCUGCGACACAGACGCCGCAGAAAUCGCCCGCACCGCAACAGCCGCAGAAACCUUCGGUGCCACCACAAGUUCAAAAACCUCCGAUGCAGCAGAAACCGUCAGUACAAGAGCAACAACAAAAACCUCCAGUACAGCAGCAGCAGAAACCGCCUUCCCAACCACCGCAGAAACCGCCAAUGCAGCAACAGAAACCACCCGUUCAGCAGCCGCAGCAGCCACAACGACCACCCGUUCAGCAGUCGCAGCAGCCACAACGGCCACUCGUUCAGCAGCCGCAACAGCCACAGCGACCACCGGUUCAGCAGCCGCAACAGACACAGCGCCCACCUGUUCAGCAGUCGCAACAGCCACAAAGACCACCUGUUCAGCAGCCGCAACAGCCACAAAGACCACCUGUUCAGCAGCCGCAACAGCCACAAAGACCGCCCGUUCAGCAGCCGCAACGACCACCCGUUCAACAACAACCGCAACGAUCACCGGUGCAGCAACCGCAACGGCCACCAGUGCAACAACAGCAGCCGCCGCCGCAACGGUCACCCAUGCAGCAACCACAGAAGCCGCCAGUUGAGCAACCUCAAAAGGCCCCACAGCAGCAAUUUCAAGAGCCGCAGCCUAAGGUAGAAACUACACCAAAACCACAGGUGGCUGUAAAGGAGGACCCAGAAAACGCUGACAAUUGCAAGCUGUUUGUAGCGAAUGCUCCCAACGGGAUGACCGACGAUGAGUUCCGCAAAAUGUUUUCCGAGUACGGAGAGGUGCGAGAAGUGUUUCUGAACAAAAUCAAGUGGUUCGGUUUUGUUCUGUUCCGUACUCAUCAGCAGGCUGAUCAAGCCAUGAGGGCGUUGGAUGGCACAGAAAAGAAUGGUCGAAGGCUUCGUGUGCGGUACGCUCAAGUGCUGCGGGAACGAGAGGAGAAGCCUCAAACACCAGUCGUGGUGCCCCCCGUGCCGCAGAAUGCACCACCAAAACGUCACGGGGCUCGUUGUAGGCUCUUCGUUGGUAACCUUCCCCUUGGACUCUCGGAAACCGACUUCAAGAACUUGUUUGAGCAGUAUGGCGAGCUGGUAGAGGUGUACCUUCACCCUCAAAAAGGUUUUGGUUUCAUUAAGUACGACCAGCGUGCGCAGGCAGAGGCCGCUAAGGCUGCACUGGAUAACACUGCAAUGGAAGGACGCUACUUGCAAAUUCGGUUUGCGACACAGGGAUCAUCGCUUCUCGUGAAACAUUUGAACCCUUGGGUAUCAAAUGAGCUUCUCGAAGAAGCAUUUGCUAUUUUCGGUGAGAUCGAUCGUGCCGUGGUCAUCGUUGAUGACCGUGGCCGUUCUGUAGGUGAGGGCAUUGUGGAGUUCGCGCGUAAGACAAGUGCUAUGGCAGCACUGAAGAGGGCAAGCCAGGGCUGCCUUCUGUUGACCAGUUCUCCAAGACCUGUACUGGUGGAGCCCCUAGACCUUCGCGAUGAGGACGACGGUUUCCCUGAAAAGAAUGUCAACAAGAACAACCCGCAGUACAUGAAAGAACGGGAGCUCGGUCCGCGUUUUGCUGAACCGGGUACUUUCGAGUACGAGUUCUCUAGCCGCUGGAAGAAGCUCCUGGAACUGGAGAAGCAGAAGCGGGACUUCCUCGAGCGGGAAUUUGAGGACGAACGCCACAAACUGGAAGAAGAGAUGGAAUUCUACCGCUACGAGCACGAGACGAGACUCUUACGAGAACAGUUGCGCCUCAUGGAAGAACAGAGCAAGCUGUUCGCACACGAGCACGAGGCCCGAUUGGCAGAGCACAAGCGUAGAGAAGAGGCCCGCCGCCAGGAAGAAAUGAUCCUUCGCAAGCGUGAGGAAGAGAUUCUAGGUUACAAUCGAGGCAGUGCCCCCGAUCAACAACAGCAGCAGCAGCAGACACCGGGUUCUGUGACUGAACAGAACCGUGGUGUCCUGCCACCUGUACCGCCCACAGAAGGGGCAACAUUCGUCAGCACGUACGAUAAUGGACGUGCUGAAUUCACAUCACACUCUCCCCGGCAGUCGCGCUUUGACCAGCCUUACAGUGGACCUCAAGAUGACAUGCGUGGCGGCCCUCGUGGGGCUGACCAAGACGAUUACAGUCGAGACAUCAAACGUCGACGCUACUGAGCGGUUUUCAUGCAUCGCGUUCGAUCAAUUCCGUGGAACUGUCGUUUUAAGUAAUCGUAACCGUCUCUGUGUAAAUGAAACUCACUGUAUUAAGUUUGUGCUCAUUUCACUGCAUCGUAGUACGCAUCGUCCUCCCUGUCUUUCAUUAAAACUAGUAUAUGGUGA